ACGCCCGCUUGGCGCGCUGGGGGCGACGCGAGCCGGUCUGUGCAGCAGGAAGCUCACCGGUUUGACCGGUCGCGGCGAGGGCGCGAGAAUAAGGGCUUUUCGUCACGCUGUCCUUUUGAGCGGGUGCUCUUUUUAUUAUUGAGAGCUGCGUUCUGAGUGUGCGCGAAGAGUCGGAUUGAAACAUGGCGGCGCUCGAUGCGAUUAGCCUUGCCGAGAAGCUGAGCUGCCUGCAGAAGGAGGACUACUGGCUGCAUUUGGAGGCCGAGAGCCCGCUGGAGAAGUACCCUGCGAAACAACAUGCGCGCAGAGUGCGGGAGAAGCUGGGCGUGGGCGAGGGACUGGUCUAUCUGCCUGGCGAGCCGGCGCGCAGCAAUGAGGAUAGCGAUAUGCCCGCGCCGUUUCGGCAAAGGCGCUAUUUCUACUAUCUGAGCGGGUGCAACGAGCCGAACUGCCAUUUGACAUACGACAUCCAGCACGACAUUCUAGCCCUCUUCAUUCCGCGGAUCAACCCCGAGAGAGUAAUCUGGAAUGGCCGCGGAUCCACGCCUGCUGAAGCGCUGGACAAGUACGACAUCGACGAGGUGUACUUCAUCGACGAGCUGCAAUCCUGGAUCCAGGCUUGGUAUAUGCACUACAUCGGAAGCCUGUACAUCCUGCACCCAUCCCAGGCUCCGCAAGUUCCCUUUUUCUCUCCGCGGCUGGAUUCCACAUCGCUCCAGCCGGCUAUGAACCUCUCGAGAAUGAUUAAAGAUGAUCACGAGAUCAAGCUCAUCCGGAAAGCGAACGACAUCUCCUCGCAGGCCCACAAAGAGGUCCUGGCCAGCAUCCUGAAGUUCAGGAACGAGGCGCAAGUAGAAGGCCUGUUCCUAGAUGUGUGUAUCUCGAAGCAGGCGAAGCAGCAAGCCUACGAUCCCAUCGCCGCCUCUGGACCCAACGCAGGCACCCUGCACUACGACGCCAACAACGAGGACUUCGAAGACCGCCAGCUCAUAUGCCUUGACGCCGGCUGUGAAUACGAACUCUACGCCUCCGACAUAACCCGCACCUUCCCCCUCUCCGGAGCCUGGCCUACCAUCGAAUCGGAGAACAUCUAUAAGCUCGUGCAGCGCAUGCAAGAGACAUGUAUUGAGAGGCUGAAACCUGGUGUUAGGUAUCUAGACCUGCAUAUUCUGGCGCACCAGAUUGCUAUUGACGGGCUGUUGCAACUAGGUAUCCUGCAUAAUGGGACGAGGGAGGAGAUAUACAAGGCUGGGACUAGCAGGGCGUUUUUCCCCCAUGGGUUAGGACAUCACGUGGGUUUGGAGGUGCAUGAUGUGGGACAGAAGGAGUUGAUGAGUGUGGUGGGGAAGGGCGGGAGGUUUGAGAAGGCGCUAUCGCUCUAUCCCGAGAACUUCCAUCUCCCAGUGUACGACGAGCAGAUGUGCAGGGCUCCGACGGAUCCGCACAGUGCGCACUUGGAGGAAGGUAUGGUGGUUACGGUCGAGCCGGGAAUCUACUUUUCCACCUACGCCCUCAGCUACUUCUACCUCCCCUCACCCGUCCACUCCAAGUACAUCAACUUCAACGUCGUGGGCCGCUAUCUUCCAGUCGGCGGCGUCCGCAUCGAGGACGACAUCCUGAUCACCUCGAAAGGUCACGAGAAUCUUACCACGGCACCCAAAGGCGACGCGAUGCUGGAGAUUAUCCGGAGUGGAAAUGCGCAGUGGCCGUUUGUUAAGGAACCUGAAGAGUUGAGGCCGAGGCGAAGAACGAGUGUUGAGCGGAAACGGGAAGAGGAAGAGAUGCUGCUGAGGGCACCCGGGGUCCCGGAGAGACUGAUAGACCCGGAGGUGAGGCCUGUUCAGAGAGCGGCGACGGCACCGGUUCAGAGGAGCAAGGAUCGACGUUCGGCGGAUUUUGAGCCUUUUGAAGGGCCCUCGCUAUUCUCGAAUUUCAGGCGCUCCAUGACCGCGGAUGAGGCCCUGGAACGCCAAAGGGCAGCUACUCAUCGUGCCCCGCCCUCGAAGCCCACGCACGCGAGUCGUGUUCCCAUUUGCGGAGAGGACUCGCCAAACUUCACGCACGUUUACAUGGGCUUUGAAACCCUAGCACGGAAUCUACCUAAAGAGGCGGGGUCGGCUAAAGAUCGGAUGCCGGCAUGCAAGGAAUGCACCAUCCUGUCCCAAGCUAUGGGCCGACUAAGGCAGACACUUGAGCUGUCAGAGAAGGCAUCGCCAAAGCUGGAAUCGAAAGCAGCAACGCGGAUCGAGCCAGUAGCGACGAAGAAGAGCCCCGAGAUGCGGCAGGUUCACCAACCAGCGCGUAACACGACCCAGGAUACGUUCGGCAUGUGUGGUGUACCGUCUUACGCACCGCUCGAGAAGCCAGCGUCAAGCUCAUUCGGAACACACCGGAGCCUAGAGCGGGAACUACGGAACAAGGCGAAGGCUGCAUCGAUAACGUGUCGUCCAGAAGUGCCGCAACGGCGAUCCGCGACCUUCGACAGCUAUCUCCAACAACCUAAUGCUUCUAUGUCAAACCAGAGAGUGCCUGCGUCGAAUCCUUACCGUCGGUCUGUGGCUCCGGCACCGGCUGAUGCGCGUACAUACGAUGACCCACGACCGAAGCAGGCAACAGUUACUCCACCGGCAGAUGUUAUACGGCGGUAUGAAGAGGACCGCUUCAAGCGGGCUUCGGCUUCCCAGCCGCUUACUACACGUACAUAUCCCGACCAGAGACCACAACCGCCGCCAGCCAGUCAAGCAGUUGAGACCCGUGCGUACGCGGAUUCAAGACCACCACAGCCGCUCGACAGCCGUAGCUACGACAAUCCACGUUCAAGACCAGGCGCCGCGCCCCGUCCGCAACCAGCCGCCAGCCGCGGCCUAUCAGCAGCAUACGCGCGCGAACGCCCCCAGCCCUCCACGCGACCCCUAGGCUCUCGAGCUUCCCUGCCCGUGCUCCGCCCCCACCGCACCGGCCUUCCUCCCACCCUAGGACGCCACAGCACAGCAAACCCUUUCCCCGCGCCCGCAGCACGCACACACCACGCCUGCGGAGCACCGCCAGCCCUCGAUCCGCGCGUCGAGGAGCAGAAAAAGGCGCGGCUAGAAGCCCUACUUCAGACCUCCGUGGCGCCGCGCUCGAAUCCUUACCUCAGAGCCCGCGCCGUGCCGCAAAGGCAGACGCAGGAUGUCGAUCACCUGUCCACUGCGAUGGCGGGCCUGUUGACGGUCGACAGGGAGGACGAGGCUGCUGCUCUGGACGCCCCUGGGGGUAGGCUGAGAGCGGAGCUGGGCGAGGAGUGGAGGGAGCGGGUGGAGCGGUAUGCGGAUAGGCCGCUGCCGAGGGGGAGAUAUGGUGCUUAGGAUGGCGUGAGGGAGGGUAGGCGAGGUGAGGUGGGUUACGAAUUCCCUUUAGUGUUAAUAACGUUUUCUUACUCGAUGUUUUUCUUCUGU